CGCGAGGUGUCACCCAAGUCGGCGCGCGUCUCAUCGCCGAACUCGCUCAUCUCCACCUCGUCGACACCAUGUCCGCCGUCAUGUCGACUGUCAGAGAACAAAACCUCUACCUCGACCCAUCGAUCCGUGACUGGGUGCUUGUGCCCAUCACCGCGAUCAUGGUGCUCGUCGGUAUCCUGCGACACUACGUGACCGUGCUCAUGACGGGAUCGCCGCAGAAGCAGCCCAAGGUGGCGGUGCGCGAGCAACGCGGACUCGGCCGAGCGCAGCUCCUUCGCCAGUCUGCCCCUCUUUCCCCCCUUCACCCCGAGCAGUACCACGCCCUCUCGAGCAGCACGGCGCAAUCCCUGGCGGCGGGCGAGUACCUCAAGCCGGAGGUGGAGACGGACGGCCCCCAGAACCCAUUCGACCCCGGAAACAUGGACUCGAUGAUGGAUGGCCUGAAGAAGCAGGCCGUUAUGAUGGUGCCCAACAUGCUCAUCAUGCAAUAUAUCAACGUCUUCUUCUCGGGGUACAUCCUGAUCAAACUUCCCUUUCCCCUCACGCUCGGCUUCAAGAGCCUGUUUGCGCGUGACAUUGCCAUGCCUGACCUUGAUGUGCGCUGGGUCUCCGCUCUCUCGUGGUACUUCCUUAACCUGUUUGGCCUGAACGGAGUGUUCAAGCUUAUCCUCGGCCAAGAGAACUCCGCGACUGACGCACGCGACAGCAACGCCAUGGCAAUGCUCAGCGGCGCCGGUGGGCCGCCCACUGUUGGCCCUGCUGCGCCAGAUUUCAAGAAGCUGUACAAAGCGGAGGUUGAGAACCUCGCCAUAUCGGACGGGCUGUACACUUGGGUCGGGGACGGGGUCGAGGACCGCGUCCUGCGCCGCUGGGGCAAGCUCUAAUGCAUAGAAUGACUAUCAGAUCUAACAUCCGCCCGUGCAGUAUCCCCCACCGCCUAGAUUACACCCAAAGCAGCUGAGCGCUUUAUACCCCCGGCUGGCGAGCGUGAGAUUCAAGAUGCUGAGCACACCCUCGCCCAGCACAAAGCCGCUGGCCACAACAAUAGCGAAGAGUGGGG